GCUCGUAACGCACACUGGGAGAUAGAGUUUUACAGUUUAGUGAAUGCAGUAUUGUUAUGGAAGAGAAAGUAAUUUGAAGUAAUACAGCUCCUGUUGGAAAGGCUUUUGUGCAAAAACUAAAAAAAAAAAGGAUAUUCAAAUAAAGAGCAUCAUUUUGGAAGCCUACAUUAUGUCCAAGCCAGCAGUUCACCACAUGCAUGAAGAUGCCUACAUGUGUGUGAUGAAAGGCCUGACAGAGCUAGACCUACGAGGCUCGGCUGUCCCCAGUACCUUGGUGUUAACUGGUGACCAUGCAUUUCCUUUGGCAACCAGCAGCAAAGGUCAAAUCCUAAUGGCUGCGUCGAUGUGUCACAAAGGAAGGAUCGUCGUUCUGGGUCAUGAGAGCUACCUCACAGCCUGCCCAUCUCUCGUUGAGAAUGCUGUGACCUGGCUGGGAGGGGCUCAUUCCAAGAAGCCUGUGUCCGUGGGUGUCCAAAGAAAAUAUAGCAAUGUUGCUAAAAAUCUCAGCACACCCCACUUUUUACCCAAAGUGGUCGGAUCUUUGAGUGACAGUCCCGAUGUUGACGUUUAUGUGACGGACGCCUACAUUGAGGAUGAAAAGCCAAAGGACUUGGUAAAAUUUCUGAAGGCUGGAGGUGGUCUCCUGAUGGCAGGGCAGGCAUGGAGCUGGGCUAAAGGUCAUCCAAAGCAGGCCACGCUGAUAAACUUCAAAGGAAACAAAGUUUCUGGUGCAGCGGGUAUUCACUUCUGCUGCAUUCAAGGUGACGUGGAGUGUCUGCCCGUCAGUCCUAAAAUCCCUACAUCCUGGAUGACUGGAGUAAUCGAUGAGGACUUUGUGAAGGACCUGGAGUUCCUGCUGCGUGGUGUAUCGCAGUUUGAAUUUCAGGGUGGAGCAUUGUUUUCUGAGAUCCUUGUCCAUGGCUCUCUCGCCUUUCCCAUUGGAAUAACAGAUGAUGGAGGAACAUUCCUGGCAGGAGCCUACUAUGGACAAGGACGGGUCAUUGUGAUUUCACAUGAAGGAUUUAUUGGCUCAAAGAACAUAAUGCAGUUCUGGAAAAAUGCUCUUCAGUGGCUGGAUGAAGACCGUAACGGAGUCGUCGGUGUCGCCCAUGACAAAGCUUUCAAGCAUCUGAAGACGUCAGGGUUAAAGUGUGAAAACACGAAGUUCAGGAAAGACCUCAGUGUUUACAUAUGUACAGCAUACAGUGCUAAAGAAGCAGAUGAAAUCCUGGAGUUUGUGGAAGAGGGAGGAGGCCUGCUGAUUGGUGGACACGCCUGGUACUGGGCACAAACACACCCAGGCCAAAACCCACUGACAGACUUCCCAGGAAACAAGAUCCUGAACAAGAUGGGCCUGAGUUUAUUGGAAACAUCAAUUAAAGGUGCUUUGUUCAAGGCUCCAAUGCCAAGCCAUGUUUUCAAAGACAUGUACCACUUUCGUCACCUUUUACACCGUUUUGCUGGAUAUGUAAAUCGUGGGGAUAAACUAACCAAAGAGGAGGAGAAACACCUAAAAAAGCUCAGCAAAGACUGUGCCAGCUACCUGAAGAUGAACGCGCACGGCUGCUGUUUCUACACACAACUCCUGUCCUCUCUCACUGACAUUCUGGUGAUGUCAGGCAUGCCACAGGUGUGUGAAAGCUAUCCUGUCAAGAAUCCAAAAGACCACCUGCUUCUCAAUGUGGGGACUGAGCUAUAUAAGGUUAGCCCAGACCCAGAUACCCUGUUGCCCCACCUUAUAAAGAAUAACCCAGUGAUGCCAGUCCUGUGGAACCACAAGAUAACGAUCACCGUAAACACAGCAAAUAUGCCGGAAUGGGUCAGUACAGGUCUCUAUCUCUCUCCUGGAAUGAAGACAUACAUGGCCAUACCUGCAGAACUGGUGGGGAAGGACUGGAAGGUUCAGGUGGGCUGUCAAACAGAUGUCCUUGAUCAUGACAAGUUGUUGAGGCCCCCGUGUGUGCAUCAGCGCUUUUCAAUCAAUAAAGAGAUGAUACAAGUGUGGAACCUCUGGGGGGGACUCAUUUAUCUGGUGGCCCCAAAAAAUACGCAGGUUGAUGGGGCAGAGGUCAUAGUACAAAUGGCUGUACCCGCUCCAUACUACAAAGCUGGUGAGACAACACUAUCUGAAUGGUCAUACCUGCGCACUGCUCCCGCACCUUGGGCGGAGCUAGAGUUCGACAACAUCAUCCUAACAGUUCCUACAGAUGUGGUUAAAGACCUGGAGCGCCCUGAUGAGUUGGCAGAGCACUGGAAUAUAAUGAUGAACGCCAUUGCUGACUUGGCUGCCCGACCACAUAAAUUCAAGCGCAAGGAACGUGUUGUCACAGAUGUGCAGAUUUCUCAUGGUUGGAUGCAUGCAGGCUAUCCAAUAAUGAUGCACAAGGCCACUGCUCCACAUCUGGUCAGCGUUGAACAUGCCAAGAAAAAUGGCCUGUGGGGACCCAUCCAUGAACUGGGACAUAACCAACAGAGAGCCUGCUGGGAAUUCCCCCCACAUACUACAGAAGGCACAUGUAACCUGUGGUCUGUGUAUGUGCAUGAAACGGUCCUAGGAAUAAGCCGAGGAAAGGCACAUCCAAAUAUGACAAAAGAAUGCAGAGAGAAAAGAACAAAGAACUUCGUUGAGGGUGGGCGGCAACUAAGCAAAUGGAGUGUGUGGGUGGCACUGGAGACUUAUAUGCAGCUCCAAGAUAAGUUUGGAUGGGAUGCCUUCAAGAAGGUGUUUACUGCUUAUCACAAGAUGAGCAACUUUCCCAAUGGCAAACAGGAAAAGAUGAACCUGUAUGCAGAAACAUUUUCCAAGACUGUAGGGAUGAACCUGGCAGAGUUCUUUAAGGCGUGGGGUUGGCCAAUACAAAAAGCCACUGUGGACAAACUUUCCAACUUGCCACUCUGGACUGACCAUCCUAUGGUCCAGUAUGGCUGAAGGUACUGUACAUUUGACAAUGCCUUAUCCUCUAUUACACAAUCAGGGCUGAGGUCAUUGAGAACAUUUUAGAUUUUGAGUUUUCAGGAGUUACUUAUGUAUUUGUUUUUUCCUCUUUUCUUAAUGGAUAUGUGCAUGAAGUUAAGGCCAUAAAGCCUUUUUCCUUACGUUUUGUGUCUGUAGUUGUGUCUCUGAAUAUAUAUGCACAGUAUAUUUAAUCUUAUUUCCUGGUAUGCAUUUAUUGAUCGUUUUGUUUAUUUUAAAAAGUGUAUUCUGCAUUUGCCCUUAUAAUUUGUAUUUCAUGAUGUAUUUCAUGCUUGGGGACUAUUGAAGAGUCAAUGUUACAAUCUGAAUCCAGCUCAAUGUAUUCUGGUGCCAUGACAUUGCAUACUCAAUCAAUAGCAGACAAAUAACAUACCAACACUGGAAGAGAAGCAAGGACCUGUUCAUGAAAUCUACAUCAUGGAGAGACUGACAUUUGCUUUAAAAUUAUUAAUUCUGCUGACAUGUCUUUGUACGUUUCUACCUGAUGAAAUAAAAAAAAACCAGGUUCCUAAUGUUCAGAUUGUACUGUAAUACAACCGUACUGUACCAUAUACAACACAAUAGAAUUAAAUAAAAUGUUAUAUCAUA